GGAGAAAUCUUCACGUGCUUUGGGCUGUGCUGAUUGUUGAUGUGUGUGCGUGUGUGUGUGUGUGUGCGCCGGUGUGUUUAUUUCACGGUUCGUCCCUGCUCUCUUGCGCAUCUCCACCAUGACCAGCACGGAGAGUGUUGUGGAGCAGCCACGCGUCGACCUGGAGCUCCUCACAAACAAGAACGCACACUUGCCGGGCAAAACGACACCGAGCGGGAGCUCCGGUCGCGGCGUCUUGGUGGACGGCGACGGCCCCAAAGUGGCCGCCAACGGGGUGCACGACAUCGAGGACCGCAUCCUCAGGAUCACCGGCUACUACGGAUACAACCCGGGGUACUCCAGCCACAGGAGAGAGGAUGGUUUGGAGUCUCACGCUGAGACGCCAGGCAGCGAGACAAGCGAGGAGAGCCUGUCGUACCAGACCUGCACCUGCACAGUGCUGAAGGUGCUAGGUGGUCUGCUGAUGGUGCUCUGCGUCUCCUCCUCCUGGGUGGGUACCACUCAGGUGGUCAAGCUGACCUACCGGUCAUUCUCCUGUCCUUUCUUCAUCUCCUGGUUCAGCAGCAACUGGAAUAUUCUCUUCUUUCCUAUAUACUACUUUGGACAUGUGCUGAUGACAAGAGAGAAGCAGACACUCAUUCAAAAAUUCAGAGAGUGCAGUAAGCUGUUUGGCGAUGAGGGCAUGACUCUGAAGCUUUUUGUAAAAAGGACGGCGCCUUUCUCCAUCCUGUGGACGCUGACAAACUACUUGUACCUUUUGGCCUUGAAGAAGCUAACCGCCACUGAUGUCUCUGCCCUUUACUGCUGCCACAAGGCCUUUGUCUUUCUUUUGUCCUGGAUUGUUCUUAAGGACCGCUUCAUGGGAGUCCGAAUCGUGGCUGCCAUUAUGGCCAUCACAGGUAUCGUCAUGAUGGCGUAUGCCGACGGUUUCCAUGGUGAUUCCUUUGUGGGCGUGGCAUUGGCUGUGGGUUCAGCUUCAACAUCAGCGCUUUAUAAGGUGCUGUUCAAGAUGGUCCUGGGCAGUGCCAAUCUCGGCGAGGUGGCUCAUUUUCUUUCCACCAUGGGUUUUUUCAAUCUGAUCUUCAUCUCCUGUGUGCCACUCAUCCUGUAUUUCACCAAAGUAGAGCAAUGGGGCUCACUGUCCUCACUGCCUUGGGGGUACCUGUGUGGCCUGGCAGGACUUUGGCUAGUGUUCAACAUCCUAGUUCAUGUUGGCGUGGUGCUGACAUACCCUAUUCUCAUCUCCAUUGGAACUCUACUAAGUGUGCCUGGAAAUGCAGCAAAUUGGACAGCCGUCAACGUUGUGGCUGGGAGAGCAAACAGAGGCGACAGCAAGUAAGCUAACUCGCGAGCUUGUUUCGGUGCUCCUGAUCCUCUCAAGUUCUGCAACUCAGUGGACAUUUAGACAAGAAUAACAGCAAGUACCUGCAACACACAUGGUUUAGAUUAUAGUUUUAUUGAAAAUGCAUUAAAAACACACGGAAGAGAUAUUUGACGCACAAAUUAAGUUGAUUUAAAUUAAGUUUUGUGGAAAUUUCACAUGCUUGACAAUUAGGGCUUUUUUUUUUUUUUUGCUUGCUAUAAAUGAUAGCUAAGAGCUAAUUAAGAAUUGUAGAGACAUGAUAUGUCUUAGACUGUGCAAUUAGUCUCCCUUUCAGCAACUGAUGGUGACAAGAAGUUUUUUUGUAAAUGUUGCAUAAUCCUGUAAACUAGUACAAACAAAGUGCAAUAAAAGCAAAGCUUCCUUGGCAGAGUUUAUUAAAAUGGCUGUUUUUUUUUUUGUGCAAUAAAGGCCACCAUGCCAAACAGUGUACUCAGCACCUUGGAAACCCAAUCAUACUCAGCAUACUCCAAGUGUUACCUAGCAGAGGAAGGGAAGCAGUUCUUAGCUGUAACUAUAAUAAUCUGUAUGAAUGUCAUGGAGGUGCAUUGGUUAUCCCACUUGACAAGCACAGAGGAUGAAGUGGAUCACUUGUACUUAUAAGAUGCAUUUUCUGCCCCAAUUAACUAGUUUUGUUCUAUAACUCACCUGCCACUGUGUCACAAACCUGGGGGUAAAGUUCGACUUAGAUUUUAAAUUAGAAAAAAAAAUCAGCAGCGUCGUUCAAAAAAGCUUUAAUCAAUUACGCCAAAUAGCGAAAGUGAAACCGCUUCUAUCAGGACAUGAUCUCGAGAAAUGAACCCACGCCUUUAUUUGGAAUCGUUUAGACUACUGCAACGUCCUGUACGUAGGCAUUAGCCAGGCCUCCCUCCCCCGCCUGCAGCUCGUGCAGAACUCUGCUGCUCAUCCCAGACCCGCAGGUGUGAGCACGUCACCCUAUUAGCGUCCCUUCACUGGCUCCCUGUGCGUUAUCAAACCAAUUUUAAACUCCUCCUAUUUGUUUUUAAAAGUCUAAACAACCUCGCGCCAACAUAUUUCUCCGACCUCCUUCAGCCUUACUGCCCCACCCGAUCCCUAAGAUCAGCCGAUCAGCUGCUACUGACGGUCCCUUACACAAGGCCGAAGCUUAGAGGUGACAGAGCGUUCGCCGCUGCUGCUCCCAAGCUCUGGAACGACCUACCUCUGAGUGUUAGACAAGCCUUCUCUCUUCCUGUUUUUAAAUCUCUCUUAAAAACAUACUUUUAUCCCAUGGCUUUUAACACUAGGUGAUAUACAUCCUGCAAUGGCGCCCCAUUAUACACCUGCUGUGAACCUGUUUUUAUGUUUUAUUUAUUUUAUUUUAUUUAUUUAUUUAUUUUUUAUCAUGUUCUGUUUGUGUUGUGUUUGCUCGGUUCUCGUUUUUAACCUGCCCAUUGCACAGCACUUGGGCUACCCCUGUGGUAAAUUUUAAAUGUGCUAUAUAAAUAAAGUUGA